UUCAAUUAAAAUAUGAAAAUGGCUUUAAGUGUUGAUUUUUCGGAAAUCUCUAAAAACAUAUAUAAAAAUUACAAUAAACACGAAAAUAAUAUCAAAGAGCAUAGGGUAAAAACCUCAAUUAUUAACCUGUCGAGUUUUUAUGAUGGUUAUCAACGUGAAAUUAAAGAUAUUAAUUCUGAAAUUACACCCUCCAAGGACAAUCCUACAGUAGCAGACUUCGCAGAUAUAUUUAAAGCAUUUGAAGAGUAUCCCUCCAAUUUACACAAGCCAAAACGCCUGCCAAUAAAAGAGCAGCAACUGCGAAUGAAUUGUACAAUGGCGAGAGAUAUGACCAUAAUGGUUAAUUCACGUGAACAAUCACCAGGAAGCACUUCACUUCAAAAUAUGAGCUGUGCAACGGAGUUACCUUCAGCCUCGGAGAUCUAUAAUGUCUUUAAAAAAUUUCAGCAGAAACUUACACAAUUUCUAAAUGAAACACAGCAACAAGAAUGCGCUCAGUCUUUUGAAAAGAAAUUGGAUCAAUUAUGUGCAUUCGCGAAGCAGUUGGAGAAGCUAUGUCCAGCUGUUAAUAAUAUAGAACAAGCUUUCAAAUCUGAUGAGGAAAAAAAAUUACAAAAUAUACUUGCUAACCUAGAAGAGCUUAAUUAUAUGCGUGAAAAUCAAGAAAUAUUUAUAAAUGGAACGCCAACAGCCAAUACACAGUCAGCGCGCACAGAAAGUUUUAUGAAUUUAAUCACCUAUUUAUUAAACACAGUUUCCAGUAUGUAAACCGUUUUAAAAUAUAAAAUACAUAGAAAUUAUUGAUAA